AUGAAUUUUCUUAGAAAAUUCUUAGGUACAACAACAACAGAUGAAAUAGCAUCAAUACCAAGUGGGAAACUCUUUUUGACUAGACUGAAGGAAUCACCAAAAGGUGCUAUAGAAUGUCUUUAUAAUGAUGCCUUAGGCUCGAUUAAACAAACAACGAGACCAUUUUAUUAUCAACUUUGUAUUACAAGAAUAUAUCAAGAAGGUGAAGCUGAAUUAUAUGAUCAAGAAGAUUCGGAUUAUGAAGAAGAUGAGGAAGAUGAAACUAGUAUUUCAUCAAAUGAUCAUCAAAAGAGAAAAUCAAAAGAAGAAUGGGUAUUUUCUUUAACUGAAGAUUUAAAAAUUCAUAAAUUCACUAAAUCAGAUGGUUCUGUAGUUAUUGCUUGGAAUGAUUUACAAGGUGACUUAGGUGAUAAAUUUGAAUUUAUAAUUGAUGAAGAUGUUAGAAAAAAUGAUAUAGAGCAAUUUAUAAUGACAAUUUAUAAAUGUUUAUAUGAAAACAAAUAUCGUCAAAGUUCAAUAAGUGCUAGCGAUGAAGAAUUGAAAGAGUUUGAAUAUGAUCCAAAAAGUGAAUUAUUUACCUUCGAUGAUUUUGAAGAGGAGGAAGAAGAAGAAUCUGAAGAAGAAGAGGAGAAUAAUGAACCAAAAGGUGAAGUUAUUUAUGAAAUUAAAGACGUUGCAUUACUAUUAUAUGAUGCAAUAUCAGGUACAUUUUUACCUGUAUGUACAGAAAAUGUAAAGAUAUUCAAGUUGGAUAAAUUUGAAUAUAGUUUGUUUAUAAAGAAAACAAACAUAAAUUGUCCAUUAAGUAAAAAUAUGAGUCCUACGUUUAAUUAUGAACAUAAUUCAUUUAUUUUUAAUAUAUUCAAUUAUCAAUCAGAUCCAGUUACAGCAAAUUCAUAUUUAAUUAAAUUUGAUUCAUUCAAUGACUUAACGAAAUUUCAAAAUAAGUUUCUUUCAUCAAUGUAUGAAACUUUGAAUCAAAAAGAAUGGGAUCAAGUUGAGGAAGAUUACUUUGUUGAUGCUUUUUCAGAUUUAAAUGUAAAAGAUAAGGAAAAAGAUGAAGAAUCGGAAGAAGAAGAGGAAGACGAAGUAGAUAGUGAAGUACCUGAUUCUUUAUAUGAAUUUGAUUCUAAAGAUAAAAAUAAAAAUUUAGCUGUUGGUUAUAAAGAUCGAAGUUAUGUCUCAAGAGGUAAUAAACUUGGUGUUUUUGGAGAAGAAGAAAAUUCAUUGAAAUUUAAAACAACAAUCAGCAAUAUAUCAGAUCUUAAAGGUAAAACAUUCAUUCCUUCUAAGCUUUUAUUACAUCAAGAAGAUCGUUACAUGAUUUUAUCAAAUCCUGAAGAAGAAAAUAAAUUAUUUAAAAUGGAUUUAAAUCGUGGUAGUGUUGUUGAAGAAUGGGAUACAAAUUUACCAGUUGUGAAUUAUGGUCCAAAUAGUAAAUUUGCACAAUUAACUGAUGAAGCUACAUUAACCGGUGUUUCAAAUAAUGCUGUAUUUAAUUUAGAUCCACGUUUAAAAGGCAAUAAAAUUGUUAAUGAAAAGAUUUAUAAAACUAAAAAUAAUCAAUUUCAAACUUUAACUACAACAGAACAAGGUUUUAUUGCAUUAGGUACAGGAAAAGGUGAUAUUAGAUUAUAUGAUAAACUAGGAUCAAAAGCAAAAACUGCAUUACCAUCAUUAGGAGAUGCAAUAAUUGGUCUUGAUGUUUCAAGAGAUGGUAAAUAUUUACUUGCAACAUGUAAAGAUUAUUUAUUAUUAAUUGAUACAACUAUAAAUAAUGGUAAAAAUCAAGGUAAAAUUGGAUUUACUAAUUAUUUUGAUAAAGAUAAAAAACCAAUUCCAAAAAGAUUAUCAUUAAAACCAGAGCAUGAAGCUUAUAUAGUAAGAGAGAAUAAUAAACCAAUUGAAUUUACACCUGGUUAUUUUAAUACUGGUUUAAAUGCAAAAGAAGAAACUAUAGUUACAUCAAUUGGUAAAUAUAUUAUAAGUUGGUCAUUAAAGAAAAUAUUAAAUGGAAAUAAAGAUUCUUAUAUAGUUAAAAGAUAUCAGCAAGAUAUUAUUGCUGAUAAUUUCAAAUUUAAUUCAAAAAAUAUUAUAAUGGCUUCAAAAGAUGAUGUACUGAUGGUUAAUAGACGUAGUUUGACCAAUCCAAAGAAAAUAUUCAACUAG